AUGACUCUGACCGAGCAGUACACCACUCGCGUGGUCGUUUCUACAGCUGCAGCCCAGCACACUCCCGAUCGGCCAUGCUGCCGUCGUUUGAAAGGUGCAAUGUGGGCACGACGCCUUGGUGUGCCGCAUCUGUGGCCAUCCCGAGUGAAGGUCUUCUUCCUGGCAAUUUUGACGUCAGUCUUCAACUUCAGUGUGUUCCAAUACCUUCACAACGCCAAUGUGGCGUACCUGAACUUGUCUUCGCCGUCUUCCAAUGAAAUCGUGUGCAAGCUUCCCCGGGAAGAGUGCGCCAGCAAUCCAGACCCAGCGAGAUGCACUGUGGACUUGGAGGAUCGGCGUUUUUGGAGAGACAACAUCGCUUUCGUUGACCUUCUUGGCUCCCGGUCGGCUGAAGACAGCGUGAAGCGGACCAUGGCUGCCAGUCCUCGCAUGGAAGCAUCACCAUGGGUAAAGAGCCUGCGCCGCCUUCGGGUGCUUCUCUCCGAAGAAAGCGAGAUCGCCAAAAGCUUCGUGAAUAGCGAUGACCCGGAGCUCGAGAUUCCGGACCGAGAGCUCUCUGACGGCAGCAGUUUGCGCGAGAAGCAGCUGAAGGUCGUUCUGGCAGAUCUGCACGAGCAGCAUCCCGACCGCGUGGAGUGUGAAGCAAAAGAGAUUGGCCUCCUUGCAGAGUCCACAGUGGAGCUGGUUGGCGUCUAUGAGAAGCUGAGUCGUUCGGCCCAGCUGCCAGAUGCGAGCGAUGUGGCAAAGGCGGAUCAGUUCAGGGUUGUUGAUGCUCAAAAAGCAGCCCUUCUGGCAGCACGGAUGGCCCUCAAGGACCGAGAAUGGGCUCUGGUCGAAGCGAAGCAUCGUGCGCAGCAGCUCGAGGAGGAGCGUGUGCAGCAGGACUGCCGCAUUCGGGCCUUGCAGACGGCCUUGGACAAGGCUGUUUCGUCCAGGACAGAAGCUGAGAAGCGCCACCUGGAAGCGUAUUCCACAGCGGAUGCCGAGGCCGCCGAACAAAGGGGCGAGCUGAGGAGGCGGCUCUCAGAUGCGGAGGUCGCAAGGGACCAGGCGAUGGCUGAUCUUGCUGCUGUUGAGGAUCGCAUUGAGGAGGUGCGCCAGCUGGCCGAUCGGCGAGAGGAGGACUUGCUCGCCCAGCUGGCCGCUCGCGAGGCACAGUUGGAGGAGCUCCAGCAGAAGCUCGGCAAGGGGGAGGACGAACGACCGGAGAUGCCAAGAGAGGACCCCGUGGCCGUGGUCCCGCGAACGAAACCCAGCUUCCGGCUCGAAGGGAUGCCCAGCGGAGGGCUCACGGAAGAGUCGCACAUCCACGGUGUGGGUAUGGUCAUGGCCACGCCGCGGCUGCACUACGACCCGAAGCCGAAGCCUGCGGUAAAGGCGGUGGAUCCGAGGCAAUCCAAAAAAUCCGCAAGUGCGGCAAUGCCAAUGGAUUUGAAAUCCUUAGGUUUGAAUCUGACGACCCCCUGCCCGCAGCUCCCAGAUUCAGUGAAAGGUCAGACAUGCCACAAUCCAUGGCUUCCACUCCGGGCCAUGUCCGGAGACUUGGGGAGCCUCCAUACAGUGAAUGUGGGCGUGCAUCCUUUCAGACUUUGGAGCAUCUUGUUUCUCAUCCUCACGUCGCUGCUCAGCCUUGCGAUUCUCAUUCAUGAUCUGGCCCUGCUCGCAGAAGACCAGCGCCCGUUCAUCUUGUCGAUUCCCAACAUGAAGUAUGCUACUCCUUGUUUGUGGGACUGCUUGACGUGUGUUCGAGGACGGCAACAGACACGGCGAAUUUGGUCGCAGAAUCGCUGCGUUCUGGCCGUGUUGGUCAUGCUUUGGUCGCUCUUCCAAACCGUUGCUUUCAUGGUGGUGAUGUAUCCGUUUUCGCUGCUGGUGUGUGUAUAUGCGCCUGUGAAGAUGUCUCGAAUCAUGGUCUUUCUUUCAUCUAUCCUUUGUGCGAUGUGGGCCGUUGUUUUUGUGGUUUUCACCUCGCUGCUCGACACCCAUGCGUAUGCGGUCUUGUGGGGCGUGUCAGAGCCUGGCUCGUCCACCAGCUGUCUCUGUCUUUGCGAGUUUCCGCUCAGCAGGCCGGUGGUGCUGCGGAUCGUGGUUCUCGGGAUUGGUGUGUGCUGGCAUUCGAUCAACUUGACAUUGAGAGCCUUGAAAGGGCUCCGGCGAGCUCAGUGGGCCAAUAUGUUCAGCGUCCUGUAUUCUGUUCCCGUGGAAGCGUUUCCUGUGGUGUGGGAGCGGCCGCAGGAGGCCGGCGGGGGUCCCGCGAAGUGGCGAACGGAGGGCGAGGCCAUGCAGUCGGAGCCUGCCUUUGACCCGUUCUGCCUGAUGGACGAACAGCCAGAAAGUGCCUGGACUCGGGCAAUCAUCGCGCCGGUGCCGGUAAAGGACGACUCGCGCUUGAGCGUUUGGGAGCCGUACUUGGGUACUCUGGACAUGGAGAUUGGCUGGUGCGGUUUUCCACGUCCGGUGGGCGGGGCAUGGGAAAGAGACACGGACUGCGAGACCGACUCUUUGAAAAACAAGGAGGAGGUGGAGCCUGUCGUGCAGGAAGUGGGAAUCACUACAUCCUGCAGAUCUGACCAAAGUUGUCAGAACGGAACGCCACAAGGUAUUUGGUCCCGGAAGGUCAAGAAGCGGCCCCCACCUAUGCUGUUUCUUCACACAGAGGAAACGGAGGAGGAUGAGGACUUAGCCAUAGCAGAUGUGUUGCAAGGCCUGCGAGAUUGGGAGAACGAUCCCGGUGUCAAUGGCAGUCAGCCGGCAUCGGCUUCAAACACCUUUCACCGGCGGCUCUCGGAUGCUCAGGACAUUUUUCACACAGGCCUGUCAGAUCUGCGCCCGCCAACUCCGGCUUCUGGUGCAUCAGGGCCGCCAUCGGCCUCUGUGUCACGGCAGCCGACGCCAACUGAACAGAGCCACAGAACCGCCGCGGCAAUCAUCGUCGGGCGCAGGGUGUUGACGCCCGCUGGCAAGUCUGGUCAAGCCUGCAUCUCAGAUGCUGCGGAUGACUCUAAACACUGUUGCCAGCAGGCUCCCUCCACAACACAACACAAGAUACCAGGUGCGGCACUUCUUAACGUACUCGCUGUCACAUCGGGAUCGUGGAUCGGAUGUGGUCGAAUAUGCAAUAGAUAA